AUGGCCGGUUUCUUUCUUAAGCCAAGUACUCGAGGCCAUGCUCGAUCAAUUAGCUUACCGGCGAGAUCACAUCCUACAACCCUCAAAAUGGAAGAAGAACUUAACAAGCUUCGAAAUCUUGAAUUUUCUUCGUCGAAUUCACUAGCACCCAAUAAACUUGGCCUUGCCAUAUCCGGCCUUGCGGAGCUCUACAAGUCUAUAGGAGAUCUUCUUAAAUUACCUCAAACACAAAAUGCCUUAGCCAAACACGACGAUUCCUCUUGGGUGGAUGAGCUCCUAGAGGAAUCGGUAUCAUUCCUUGAUGUAUGUGAACACACAAGGGAAAAUUUGUUCCUUUUGAGGGAAAGUAUAGGGAAGCUUCAAUCGAGUUUUAGGAGAAGAAAUAACGGUGGGGAAGUAGACAUCGAUGAUGAUGUUACUAAAUACGUCUCUUUUGUUAAGAAUUUAAAGAGAGAUAUGGGCAAAUCCCUUGUUUUUCUAAAACAAAUUGACAUCAAAUUGUCUGAAUCUUUGUUAUUCAAUAAGGUGAACAACGAUCAACACAUCGUUGCAGUGGUACGAGUUUUAAGGGAAUCGAGCUUGAUGUGUAGCAUUAUUUUCAAAUUGAUUUUGGGGUACUUUUCGGGUACAGCUUUGCAGCCUAAGGCUAGCAAAUGGUCUUUAGUGCUAAAAGUUGUGCAUAACAAAGGUCAUGUAGGAGAUGACCUUAAUGAUUUGGAGGAUGCAGAAAUCGCGCUUAAUAGCUUGAUUGUUCGAAAAUUGAGCAAGCAAGGUACGGGGAUGAUGAUUCAACUAGCAUGUAAAAAACUACUAGCACUAGAUACAAGAACAGAAGAAAUUGAGAAGGAUCUCGAGUGUUUGUUUAGGCAAAUGAUACAUGCACGAGUUUCUCUCUUAAACAUACUUUCGGAUCAUUAA